CAGAUUCCGCGCCAGCAUGCGAGAAGGCCGCGUCAAGACCGUCUAUAUUCUCUCGGACGAAGAAGACGCCGCCGUCGACUUUGCCGCCGCAGCUGAGACGCCACCGGGGGCGUGGAAGACACCGCUCUUUACAAACGCGUGCGCCGACGCGCCCAACCUCGCGAUGGCCGUCUGCUGCCCGUGCGUCGCGCUCGGAAAAGUGCUUGCGAUCGUCGGUGUCAUGAGCUGCAAGCGCGCGGUCGUGGCCAGCGGUCUUUGGCUCCUCCUGCUUUUGCUGGCCAUUUUGAACCUCCAGAGCGAGUCGCCGUGGCCAGGCGGUCCGGGCGGUGCGUACAGCGUUGGAUUUGUCAUCGCCCUUGCGCUCGUGCCAUCGCUCACGCUCUUCAACCUCCGCUUUCACAUCCGCGACCACGACAGCAUUCCCAAAGCCGACUGGGAAGACGUGUGCUGUGCGAUCUGGUGCUUUCCAUUCGUGCUCGCGCAAAUGACGAUUCAAGUCGAAGCCAACACGCCCGGCGAGUGCGAUUUUGAAGACAAUGCGACGCUGAUUGCGUACUCGACGGCCUAGUCUUUUGUUUGUUUGUUCACUAA